AUGGAAGAGAAACCAUCAGGAUUGGAUCUUGGGUAUGGUAGUUCCGAGAGUGAUGAAAGUGGAACUGAUGAUGAUGAUCAGAAUGAUGAUCAGAAUGAAAAUGCCUCUGAAGAAAGUGACAAUGACUCCGAUAUUAACGCCGGACUCGAUUUAGGUUUCAAUUCCGAUGACGAAUUUGGCAGCGACAUUAACAAAGACCUUGGAGAACCGGAAGAGGUGAAAGAACAGAGCCGCCAGCAGUUUGACAAAUUGUUGGAUGAAUUCUCCUCUGACAUUUCCAUUUAUGAUCCAUGGUUCAUCGUCGAGGAAGAACUAUUAAGCAAGCUUGUUUUACGCCCGGAAUACUUCGAGGUCGAGGAAUCUCUACGCGAAGAAUUCUACAACAGUUGGGCCAAAACAAAACAGGAGAUUUCAGCAGACGCAGGUACAAUUUGUGUAUCGCUGGAUUCAAAUUCGAAUUCUGACGCAGACCUAGCCUUACUAGCAAAACUGAAGUCUGAUAAUAAAGCCAACUCAAAAACGCAAGAAAAACACACCAAUUCUACACCGUUAUAUCCUACAACAACACAGCUCUUCUACAAAUUCUUGCAAGAUUACAAGACUGAUGUCAAAAAAUUGUACUACCUGGAUUUUGCAAAGCUCCAUCACACCGAGGUGUCGCAAAUGCUAUCUAAGAUAGGUAUCAGCAACCCGGGGGAAGUCUACCGAAAGCUCCGAGUAUCACUCAAUGAUUUCUCUAAACUCGAACGAGAAGCAAAAAAAUCAAAAUCCACUCACAUCAGCAAUUCCGUUUCCUCAAUAUCAGGGGAAGGGAACCUGAAGGUUCUGUAUUUAUGGAAUUUUCUAAUCAACGCCAAGGUACCGCAGAACAAGGAUGAAGUCUUGGCACCCGAAAUUGGCCCAGUUAUUCCCUUUAAUCAAUGGAUCAGGAUCUGUAACCAUCACAGAAUUCCGCUUUUGGUGGCAAACAGUCCAGUUAAUUUUGUGCUAGGCGACGAAAAAAGAUUACAGUGUUACAAAGAUUACUUCAAUGAUUGA